ACAGUGGAAGUGAAUGGUUACAGGUUUUCAGCAUUCUUCAAAAUAUCUUCCUUUAUGUUCCGCUGAGAAAAGAAACACAAACAGGUUUAAAAGAAGUGAAGGGUGAGUACAUGAAGACAGAAUGUUCACUUCUGGGUGAAUAUCCUUGUGAAGGGAUAGUUCAAUCCAAAAAAAGAAAAUGUACUCACUAUUACUCUCCGUCAAGUGGAGUUUCAAAGCUUUACGAGUUUCUUUCUCCUGUUGGAAGCAAAAGAAGAUAUUUUGAAAAAGGUUAGAAGCCGAUGACUUUUAGAGUAUGAGCAACAAAUACAAUGGAAGUCAAUGGUUACAGGUUUUCAGCACCAACAGGUUUGGAAGAAGUGACUGACGACACAAUGUUAGCUAUAUGGAUUUGGAGAUGAAGGCGGUGUUUUUCCAGCAUCUAUCAGCAGCACGUGAGCUCUGAUGAACAUUAAUGAAGUGGCCAUCAUGCAAACAGAUCCUACAGGCUUUCUGUCAUCUGUAAGCUGAUCUGCACACGUGAUCCACACACACACACAUACACACCUCCGCUGAUCUGCUGUUCACUCCUGCAUUACUGCAGAGCUCUCCGUCUGCUCGUGUAGAGUCUCCACUCAUGGAGAAGAGCGUGAUCAAGUUCAGCCACUGCCACAGGGACAUCUUCUGCUUCUUCGUGCCGGAUCAGUGUCCUGAAUGUGGGGAGAGUUUGAGCGGGAAGCGGCUGGAGGAGGCGCCGGUCUCCAUCCCAAACCCCUUCAGCAAUGGACACAAAACCCCAUGUGCUUUUCUGGUGGCGUCAGCUGAAGACCGCCUGCUCAGGGACUUUGAUGGACAGUCUGAUCUGCAUACAGGAAUUACCAACACAAAUGGCGUGGUGUAUAAUUACACGUGUGCGGGGGUUCAGCGGGAGGCUCAGGGCUGGGAGCGCUGCAUCUGUGUGCCGCUGGUGCAGCCGGAUAUGUUCAGCCUGAUCAGCCAGUGGGAUCAAUAUCUGGAGAAAUUCUCCACCGCUCAGAUGUGGGACCCGCUCUGGCAGAGCUUUAAUGAAGAGAGCCACAACUGCUUCAGCUUCACACUGAUGUUCAUCAACUGUGUUCUGGCCACGCAGUCCAAGCGCGCGCUCAGCAAAGAUGAGUUCACACACUCGUUUGUUCUGCCCCGCAUUAAAAGAGCCUCCAAAUACAUAAUGCUGUGCGGCCAGAUAACCCAGAACCACUUCUACACUGUCAACAACCCAAGGAGAAACUCUCAGGACGACCCAAUGGAAGAAAACAACCAGAACUGAUGGAGCUUCACUGCAAAAUAACACUCAAUAUUCAUACAUCUUGUAUCAAGGUGACAUUGGAUUGAAAGAUGCAAAACGUGCCUGUUAAUCACACUAACAACAGAAACGACACCGCUGGAUCUGCUUUACUGUCAUAUCUGCAUUCAGUUGAUCCACAGUACUGAUGGAAAAGUCAUAUAUGCUCAAGAAUGAGUAGAAUAUGGGCUAUUUAUUGAUUUAUAAUAACCCAUAUUUUUUAUUAAUGGGGAGAACUGCUCUAUGCAACACAGGCUCCUUCUGUAAACAUAACCCUAUAUUCAUUUCUGGAGAUGGGGAAUGAUGUAGCCAGAGGAACGUAUGGCUGCAUCAUGUCUUUAAAACAAACACUACAGGGCUGUAAGACGCCGUUCGUUUUCACGCUUACCAGAACUUACUCAUAAAGCGUACACAGCAGCCUCUGGUGGAUUCACCAAAACUGCAAUAAAACGCACCUCAGGGGACGUAUCUCAUGCUCUCCAGAAAUGUAUACAGAGGUACAUAAUCAGUAUGAGCCUGGGUUGGUUCCAUGAGUAAAUUGACCAUUUUAACUGUAAGUAACCCAAGUAAAGCACAUACAGUGAUCAUUAUAAAUGAGUUUCACCUCUCUUUUACAGUAAUAUUCAUUCAUUUUUCUUUGGCUUAAUCCCUUAAUUAAUCUGGGGUCGCCACAGCGGAAUGAACCGCCAACUUAUCCAGCAUUUGUUUUAUUCAGCGGAUGCCCUUCCAGCUGCAACCCAACACUGGGAAAUACAGUCAUUUUCUCUACAGCAAUAUAUGUGUGCAGAUACAUUAGAAUAGUCAGUACUGAAGAAAACACUGAUCAACUAAUCUAACAAAACAACAUCACUGUGCAAAAAUGAGGACACGCAAAUUAAGAUGAUCAGGGGAAAAUAGUAAAUAAAAUUGUAAUAAAAAAUAUAAAGUUUGUAUUUAUAUGUUAUAUUUAUACUCUGCUAUGUUACAAAUGUGAUUGUUCUUAUUGCUGUUUAUUUCUGUUCUUAUUAAUAUGAUUCACACUGAUGUUUUCUGUUUAUUUUGAAAUAUUAUGAAAUGAAGAAAUGACCCAUGGGAACUUUAAUGUAAAUUAGUUUGGUAUAUUUGUCUUCAGCUAAUGGCUCUUAAUGAUAUUUAGUUGUAGGCCCUCAAUAUGAAAUAGUUUGGGCACCCCUGGUUUAAACGUACCAAAAUGAUCGCCUAUAUUGGCAGAAUAAAAACCCCAAAUAUACGUUUGUAAAGGCGGUGUGCUGACU